AUGACAUACCUUAUCCUGGACUUCAAUACCACCGAAAACGGACCUGAUGGCGAGAAACUGUUGCUGAGAGCUGAUCGAACGACGGAUGACUCAGGACAAAGUCGUGAUCAACCUCUCGAAAUCCCGAUAGGAACAUACUACUUAACAUUGAGAUUGGCCUACGAAGAGCCAAUCGAAACUACGAAUUCAAAAGGCGAAAUGGAGGAUCACUUCGAGAAACAAAUGUGGCAUAUUGAAAUAGAGAGUGCGAUUGUGAUACCUGAGCAGCCCAUGAGACCAAUUCUGGUUAUCUGCAAGCCUCAAGGCUCGAUGGGUCAGCAGCUAACGUACGUGGUUGAAUCAACAAGGGUGGACCUUCUGUAUUUGGGCAAUAUAGUCUUUCGUAAUAAGGGAGAUUAUGAGUUGAUGUUGGUGGGGGAUAUUCACCUCUGCUUCUGGGACGAAUAUGGGGCUAUGUUCAAACCACUCACGAGGAAUCUCAGGUACUACAUUCGUGUUUUAUGA